GCCACCACCGCAGCCGCGCAUCGUUACCUUCAAGACAUUGAAGGAUAAUGGAGCGGAAGAGUUUCGAGGAGACAAGAUGGGGGAGCCCCAGAUUGCGUUGGAUUGGCUUGAGCAGAUGGACCGGGUACUCAAGAAUUUGAGAGUCUCUGAUGCAAAUCGCUCGGAGUUGGCAUCACAGAUGUUCCGGAAGGGAGCAUAUGAUUGGUGGAAGCGCAUUGACCAGGAUCCACACACGCCCAAGCCUUGGACCUCGGAUCGGUUUGAUCGAGCUUUCACGAAGGAGUACGUCCCCACUCGGUACCGCGAGGAGAGGCGCGAUGAGUUCGUUGCGCUUAAGCAGGAGGGGAUGUCGUUGCCUGAACUGAGACAGAAGUUCGACUACCUGUCCCAGUAUGCGACGAGUCUAGUCUCCACUCUGGAGGAUCGUUUGAAUGAGUUCGUCAAGAAGCUACGGCCGGACAUGAGACCGUACGCCGCGCUGAUCAGGAUGACAGAUUUUAAUGCGGCGUAUGAUUUGAUUGUGAAAACGGAAAAGAGCUCUGAUGAUUUGCAGGCGACCAAGAAGGAGGAUCGAGCGACGAAAGACCCGCGACCCGCGGCCAGUGCCGGGCCGAGCGGGAAGAGUUUUGGAUUCGGGGGAAAGAGGUGUCUGUUGUCCGUGCAAGGGAAGCAAUUCCCUGCAGAUUUGAUAGAGCUACCCCACAAGGAGUUUGACAUUAUCCUUGGUAUGGAUUGGCUCACCGAGCAUAGAGCAGUUGUCAAAUUCAGUAGUCGGACCGUACGGCUGAGAGCCGAGGACGGUAGCAACGUGUCACUCUCCUGGGAGGUGUUCCCCAAGGCUCCCGAGUUUAUAUCGUCCGUGAGCGCGAGGCGCUUGAUUUGCAAGAGGUGCGAGAUGUUCCUGUGUCACGUUCAGGAUAUGCGGAAAGAAUCACCACGUCAGCAGGACAUCCCUACAGUUUGCGACUUCCCCGAUGUCUUUCCCGAAGACCUUCCUGAUUUGCCUCCGCCGAGAGAGGUAGAUUUCUCGAUCAAUCUCGUUCCGGGGAUCAGAGAAGGUCAAUCAACUUCUAGGCCACCACUCUUUGAUGGCACCAACUACACAUAUUGGAAAGAGCGGAUGAGAAUUUAUAUCCGCUCAACCAACUUCCAGUUGUGGUUGGUCAUCAAGAACGGCGAAGAAACACCAAUGAAGAAGGUUGGGGAGAAACUCGUCCCAAAGACUGAGGACGAAUUUGAUGCGGAAGAAAUCAAAAAGGUGGAAAACUACGCUGAGGCAAUCAACAUGCUUUACUGCGCGGUCAACCCCAAUGACUAUCGCAAGAUCUCUUGCUGCACCAACGCCAAAGAAAUGUGGGACAAGCUGGAGGUCACAUACGAAGGUGCUACGACACGCCUAACAAAAACUUAUGCCAACAAAGAUCUCGUGAGGAAAAUCCUACGGAGUCUCACACCCGAAUGGAGAUCAAAGGCCGACGCAAUCUACGAAUCCAUCGGAGUCUCCAACGUCGCCAUCGACGGGUUAAGAGGUAACCUCAAAACUUAUGAAUCCACUAUUCUAUCCCCGUCUUUGGAUGAACAAAAGAAUAAAGGAAUAGCGCUCAAAGCAACCAAAAAGACGGCGGAAGAAGUCUCAAGCGAUGAUGACAACGAGUUUGGACUCGUCAUCAAGAAAUUCCACAAAUUCAUGAAGAAGGAAUUUGAGCGCAAAGGAAGAAAGCACAACGGUCCCCCGAAGUCCUAUGGUUGUGGCGAGAUAGGCCACAUCAAGCUGAGGUGUCCAAAAGGCAAAAACGGCAAGGACGAACCCGGCUUCAAAAAGCAAAGAGCCUAUAUCUCAUGGGGUGGCAACUCCGGCGAUGAGGUAACCGACCAAGAAGAGGAUGAAGCCGCCAACCUCUGUCUCAUGGAACACGAAGACCAAACCGACGAUAUACAAGAGGAUAUUGGCUUCCCAGUGAUGUAUGGUUUCUACCCAUCGCUGGUAGGCCAAUUUUCCUUCAGUUUUGAAGCCAACGGUCACCUACCCAUCGAUGGGUACAAGCUUCUCAUCGCUGGGUGGGAGGUUGACUUCCAAACAAGGAAAGAAUGAACCUUAAAUGACUUCCAACGGUCAUGCCUUCCCAGCGAUGGUUAAGCCUUCCCAUCGCUGGGUUCCCAUCGAUGGGGUAAAGUCCCCAUCGCUGGCACCGCACUAGUUUUGGCAAACAACCCUUGCCAAUAGGAUUCACUCCGAGAUUUCACAACGGCUAUCUCGAACCGUUUACAAUGAAGAUUUAACAGCUAUCUUCUACCGUUCC